AUGAAUCCCUUCAGAAUAGCGGCAGACUUGUCUCAUUUGGCGAGUAUUUUGAUUCUGCUUCGUACGAUCCAAACGACCAAUUGCAUCGAUGGUGUAUCGCUGAAAACGCAGGUGCUGUACGUUCUGGUGUUUGUGAGCCGGUAUUUGGACUUGCUGACAUUGCAUUGGAUUUCUCUUUACAACACUCUGAUGAAGGUGUUCUUCAUAAGUUCGUCGAUCUACAUCGUCGUGCUUCUUCAACGCGCAAAAGUGAGCAAUGCGGUGGCCUACAAAGAGAUGAUCCUGAAGGACAGUUUCAAGAUCGGAUACCUGCUGGGAGGCAGUGCUGUGUUGGCACUGCUGUUCAACGAGCGGUUCACCUUCAUCGAUGUGGCGUGGAGUUUUUCUGUCUGGCUCGAGAGUAUUGCGAUCUUGCCGCAGCUGUUCAUGCUAUCCAAGAGCGGCAAGGCUCAGAGUCUGACGAUACACUACAUCUUUGCAUUGGGACUGUAUAGGGCGCUUUACAUCCCUAAUUGGAUCUGGAGAUGGCUUGUGGAAAAUAAGAAUUUCCAAAAGUUGGCGUUCGUGACCGGGGUUAUACAGACGCUGCUUUACUCGGACUUCUUCUACAUUUACUACAAGAAAGUGAUAAAAGGUGGGGGUGUCAGCUUACCGCAUUAG